AUGUACCAUCAACCCAGAUUUCGUUCUAUCGGUCAUAAGAUUUUGCGCGCCACAAGCGAGUCACUCUCAUCUGAAGGCAGUUGUCAACAGAAUAGCCCCGAGUAUAUUCAAGAGGAACAGCCAAAUCAAUAUGAAGAGGAGAGUAAUGAGGAGGAAUAUUGGGAGCAGCAGAAAAAUGGUCAAGUUUGGAAACGUGAGAAUUCCGUUACGGAGCGUUCAAAUCACGAUUCAAGCUCCGAGGAGGAAGACAAUGACUUGUCAGUUCAGAAAGUGACUCUUGAUAGGAAAGCCACAGAUGCUAAUAAUAUGGAGCCUAUAAAUAUUGAUUAUAUAGAAGAGGAUUCAUUAGUAGAAGGUGACGAUUAUGACGUUAUCCAAGUGUAUGCUGUACAUCCAGACUUUGAUCUCGAAGCGUCGUCCGACGAGGAAGAGCAAAAAGAAUAUUCCAUGGAAGAGAAUGGCGAAGAAUCUGAAACAGAAGAGUAUGUCAAUACUGAGGAUAAUGCCAUUAGUAGUGCGCAAGAAAACCACGCAUACAAUGAAACCGUAACACCCGAAGAAUUGUCUCACGACGGUCUCGGUAUCAAUCUAGACGCUCCAGUUGUUUCAAAUGUCGACGAAUAUUUCAUUAAGGAUAGCAAAGAAAAGGAAAUACUGGAGGUCAAAGAUAAACCGGUCGUCAACGACGUGGACGAGUAUUUCAUUAAAGAAAUAAAGCACGAGCCCAGUGUACCAAGCAUACCGAAUGUAGACGACUUCUUCAUUAAAAGCCAAGUGCCACAAAAAAAAGUUCCCGAUUUCAGUAUACCUAAAGUCACGCCGACUGUCACUGAUAUUUUCGACGUUCCGAAUGGUGCUACGGAGGAGGUGAAUCCAGAUCCCACUGAGGUUCAAGAAGCCAACGCGGAUGUGCCGAUAAACGAGGCCGACCUAGAUGUGCUUCCGAACAUCGAGGAAAUCAAAAAGUAUCUACUGGAGGACAUACCUUACAUGAAGUUCAAGAACGCACAAAAGUCGUGUUCGGUGCCCCAUUCGCCAAUGCACAGUAUAUGCGUGGAUUUGGACGCGAAAACGUGCCUCAGCUUCGAAGAUCUGAACCUCGACCUGUCCGAUCUCAAUUUCGACAGCGACAGAGAUAAAUCCGCCAACAGCUCCAAAAGCGAGGACAUUCCGCGCACCUUGACCGACGAAGACGUAAACAGUUUCCUCAUCACGGACAAGUCUCGACUCGGCGGGGGCGUUAAAACCGAGGACGAUCUGAAUCCCCAAGACAUGGACAUAGAUGGAUCGAUUGAAACCGAAGUGGAGAAAGUCGAUACGAUUUCCCCGCUGAAGGUCAAAAGGCACAGCUCUCCGCCCAUUUCCAAGUCCAAUGUCCUGGAGUUCUGCAUAGAGAAGGCAGCCGUGAAGAAGGAGAGCGAACUCAAGGUGGAGCUGGAUGAUUUCGUCGACGUAGAGUCGUGCAACGAGACCGUUAUACCGGUCCUAGAAGCGAACAAUCUCAGCUCGCUACUGGAACAAUUUGAGGCCACGGAGAAUUUCAAUACGAAACCCAAACGGCCCGCGAUCAAAGUCGAGCCGAAGGCGAAGACCAAUGGCAGCUUGGCGAACGGAAUGCGCCUUCAAGAUGCCGUCGUCCAGCUGAACAAGAACAAAAUGCGUCAGAUAAUGAUGCCGUCGACGUUGAACGCCGCGAUGGGCCGCUCCCCGAGCCCCGUCCAUUCGGACCAUGACUACUGCUCCUCGAAGAAGCGGCACAGCCUGCCCAGCCUGAAGGGCGGCCAGAGCCUUCUCAAGCCGGAGGUGCUGUCGAGCAACAGCAGGAUACUGAACUCGCGGCAUAGGUCCUGCAAGAACAAGAAGGUGGUCUACCAUCUCAGCAGCGACGACGAGGCUGAGAAAAGCGGCGGCGCCAAAGCGAAGAAGCUGCCAAACGGCCGGCCCGUUGACGACAACGACGCGAGGGCGAAGAAGUCCGUUGUCAGGCAACCUGUUAAGGCGACGGUGCCUUCGACGUGCCGGAAGAGAAACUCACCGGCAAGUGACGUGUGUUUGAAUAGAAGCAACGGUUCUGUGAUUGUUAAGAGUGCUUGUAAAGCUAGUGAUAACCCUAUUAGUCAAAGUUCUAACGGUAGCAUUAGGUUAACGAUAAAAAACAAAUCGGAGGUGAUCAUUAAAAACUGUGACGACUCGAGAGACUGCAAUCAGAAGGAUAGGUAUUCCGAUAGAGGUGGAACGAGUAGUGUUGUGAGUGAUAAAUCAAUGUGUCACGUUAAAAUCGAGCCCGGUAAAAGCAUAGACUCUCUAGAUAGGAAUCAAAUUAAAGAAAAACACGUUAGAAAUGUAGAGGUAAACAAAUCUAUUGCUAGUGUUAAAGUAAAAGAGGAGCCCAAUCCAAAAGUGGAGCAUUUUUACACGGCUCUGUUUAGCAACAAACAGGACGUUCAAAUCCCCCGUUCGAUAGACAUAAAGACGGAGAAACGAUCUCACGAGGACGACUUUAAGUCGACCAACGAUACGAUAGUCAAGGUAGAGGUGGACCAGCCACAGAAGAAGAAGAAGCUGAACCUGCAAGAAUACAAAUUGAGGAGGGGUGUGAGCUCGAACAACAGUUCUGCGACCGUCAGUCCAGAGGCAAUAUUCCCCGACAUGCCGAUUCCGGACAGCAUACUGAAAGCUCCCAAGAUGGCCGCUAGUCAAACACCACUGAACGGAGCCGCAAUUUACACGACCAAACCGGACCCCGAACUCCCUAAGAAGGUCUUCGACCCUAUCCGCGAGGCUUCCAGGAAGAUCCUGAUGAACACCAAGAAACAGAAAGCGGAGGCGAUGAGGAAGCGGGACGAGGACAUCGUGAUGAGCAAGAUACCCAAGGUGGAGAAUCUCGAACUGCAGCCGCUCAUCAGCGACGCCGAGAUGUUGAAGAUCGUCGGAAUGGGCGCUGCGGCGGAGAUUCUGCCCACGCCAUUAGUAGAAAAACCCCCACAGCUGAGCGACUACGACGAGAUCGUCCUUGUGAGCGUUGGGACGAACACGGACGAGGAGGUGUUUAGGAAACUGCAACAGGCGGCUGACGUCGAGAAGGCGAAACCACAAACGCCCCCCGCCGAAGCCAAGUCGACGAUCAACUUCAGGAUCAAAAAGUCCGACCACGUGUUGAAGCACAACGUGUUCGACGCGAUAACUGCGAAGGACAGGCCCCAGAGCGACGAGAGGAAACACGCCGACGCGAAAAUCGACAAGGAGCGAUUCCGGGACAUAACGGCCACCCUGAAGAGCGUCGAGAGGCAGGUGGAGACGAAGAUAUCGAGCAACUCGCUGUUCGCCAGCAUACAGGACGUGGUGAUGAAGAAAGCGCCCGAGGUGACCACGAACGGUGAUAAAGCGAAGCCCGCCUCGUCGGCGGAACGGCGAGUCGGCUUCAAACACAGCAAAGCGACCAUUGUACGCGAAUACGACGCCACCAGCGAGCACGGCGAGGACAAAGUGAUCCUGCACUUGGAGAAGAAGAGGCGGCGGCCGACAGUGGCGGGCGCCACCGUCCAAACGGACACAAUACUCGAGCCCGUUCCGCCGACGACCCCAGAGAAGACCGCGCCCAAAGAGGAGCCCGCCUCGACCAGAAAAAGGAACGACAGCGACAUGUCGAUGUCCAGCGAUGGCAGUCCGGAGCGCGCCGGCUCGAAACCGACAAAGGAGGCCAGGUUCGCGGCCAAGCCGAGACCGGAAUCGCGCGGGCCCGGCCAAGCGAGGGAGAAGCGCUCGCGCUCGAAAGAUCGCUACGAGCCGAAAAACCCACACAGGCCCGGCUCCCCUACCAAGGGCCACAGGGGCAAGCGCCCCGCAGGCCGCAACCGCUCCAGGUCGAGAAGCAGGAGCCGGUACAGGCGGUACCGCCGCUCGGACUCGCCGUACCGGAGGAAACAGCGCACGCAGUCCAGAUCCCCGUACCGGAAGCGCAGGUCGCCCACGCCGAGGCCGUACCGGAACCGCUCCAGGUCGAGGUCCCGGCACGCUGAGCCCGCCCGCUCCAAAAGCCCGAAGAGGGCUAAGCCACCGAGCCCGCAGUUCAUCGACCCCUUGGAGAAGAAGAGCCCCGCAUCGCAGACGCCUCCCCCGCGCAAGCAGACCGUCUCGGAAAGUUCAGACUCUUCCUCUAGCAGUAGUGCGUCGUCUUCCUCGAGCAGUUCCUCCAGCGCUUCUGCGAAAUCAACGCGCUCCAGCAGCCCGUACAGGAACGAGGAGGGAUACAAGAAGACGAAUUACAGAAGCGCAUACAGUUCAGAAGACAGGGAGAGCAACACGCCUGUGGAAGAGAGACGGAUAGUGUUCGUGGGCAAGUUGGAGAAGGACAUCAACAAGUCCACGCUAAGGGGAAUGUUCUCGAAGUUCGGCCUCGUCACCGAAGUGCGACUGCACACCAAGGAAGAUGGGUCGCGGUACGGCUUCGUCACGUACCGAAAGUCGAGGGACGCGUGGGCGGCGGUGGAGGCGGCCGCCACCUUCCCCCAGUACGACGUCGGCUUCGGCGGCCGGAGGGCGUUCUGCAGGCAGAGCUACGCGGAUCUGGAUGGUUUGGAGGCUAAGUAUACGGAGAGCGCUUUCCACGGGCAGGCAGCUUUACCGGCGCGUCGCAACGAUGACAUGUCCUUCGAGCAAAUGUUGCUGGACGUGAAAAAGAAAUUGAACCAACGUAAAGGCGACAAAAAACGCCAUGACGACACAGUGGCU